CAGGACCGCAACGAGUUCUUCUUCGACCGCCACGCACAGGCCUUUUUAUUCAUCAUGCUCUACGUGCGCUCCGGGAAACUUCGCUUCGUGCCCGGGAUCUGCGAGCUGUCCUUCUACACAGAGAUGCUGUACUGGGGACUGGAGAGCGCGCACUUGGACUUUUGCUGUCAGAAACGUCUGGACGACCGCAUGUCCGAGAUCGGCCUGGACACCGACUGUCUCUCCGAGAGUGACUUCCGACUCUCAUCGGGAGAGGAUUCCCAGACCGGCGCCGAGACAGCGGAACCCAAGACGGUCCUCUCGGGUCGUGCCAAGUGGUUGGAGAGGAUGCGCCAGGCGAUCGAGGACCCCAACUCCUCCCUCCCCGCGCAGAUCCUGGCCACGGUAUCUGUGAUUUUUGUCAUCACCUCCAUGGUCAUGCUGUGCCUGAGCACGCUGCCGGACUGGGACACAGCCAAGCGCAACAUGGUUGAGGAGCACAGGGUCGUGGAGGCCGUGUGCAUCAGCUGGUUCACCGCAGAGUGCCUGCUGCGCUUCCUGGUGGCCAGGAACAAGUGGGAGUUCCUGCGGCGCCCGUUGAACAUCAUCGACGUGGUGGCCAUCUCCCCGUACUACAUCACCAUGGUGCUGGCGGGGGCGGGGCUCCCCGGCGGCGGGCUCGGGGUGGCGGGCGUGGCCCUGCGCGUGCUGCGGAUGAUGCGGGUGUUCUGGCUCAUGAAGCUGGCCCGCCACUUCCUGGGCCUGCAGACGCUGGGGCUAACGCUGCGCCGCUGCUACCGCGAGAUGGUCAUGCUGCUGGUGUUUGUGGCGGUCGCCAUGGCGAUCUACAGCGCCCUGGCCCAGCUCCUGGAGCACGGGCUGGACCUGGGCGUGCGCAACCCCGACUACGCCAGCAUCCCGGCGGCCGCCUGGUGGGUCAUCAUCUCCAUGACGACGGUGGGCUACGGCGACGUGUACCCGGUGACGGUGGGGGGCCGGGUGUUGGGGGGCGUGUGCGUGGUGAGCGGGAUCGUGCUCCUGGCCCUGCCCAUCACCUUCAUAUACCACAGCUUUGUUCAGUGCUACCACGAACUCCAGAUGCGCUCUGCCAGGCACGCACGCAGCAUAUCGGCGGCAGAGUUACUGCGAUAACCCAUGAAUAUCAGAGAUUUACACAGAUGGCUUCUGGUGUGUGUGUGUGUGACCCCAUCCCCCACUCCCUACCCCACCCCACUCCCCCUGAAUCAACUACCACCCACCCCCCCCCCUUAACCAACACAGAAAAUAAAGACCUGAACAGACCAGCAAAUCAUUACAGAUGAAUUCACCCCAGAUAGCACUAUCUGAUCUGUGUGCGCUGCACUGUUUCCCAUCUCUGAGUUACAACUGAUUCUGUUUGUUCUCUUGCUCUUCGUUAUGUGUAUGACGAAGUAUCAAUAAUUGAACCCAUACACACACACACACUGGGCUCUCAGCUCAGCUGAUGAAUGGAUACCAAUGCACAAAUAAGGAUUCACAGAUAGGUACACACAGCCUCAGUGGAACCGGUUAUUGGGUUGUAUUUUUCCUAAUGCCCACUGUUUACUUUGUAUUCCCAUGGCUACACUUUUGGCAGCCAUGUCUCUCUGUUUCUUUCCCUGCAGUUUGUGUGUGAACCGGCCUGCCUGCCCAUCUGUCUGUCUGUCUGCUGGUCUAUCUCUUUGUCUGUCUAUCUGACUCCCUGGUUUUAUUCCGUCCACAGAGAUAUUGCGUUCAGAGUUUUCAGGUAACAGUUUAUCGUAAGAUUGACGGAUAACCCAGAUGCAUUCUCUUUAACUUGUAAAAUUCAGACAGAAAUUGAAAAUACACGUGUAUGUGUGUGCACGUGUGAAGAUGUUGAAAAGGUGACUGGAAGAAUCAGGUGAUAUGUAGGCCAGGGCUAAUGGAAUAUAAAGCUAGGUGAGAGCGGACAAGCAGGUGUGAAAAGACAAAUGGAAUGAAACUGCAUGGUGGCGAAAAUGAGAAGACAAAGUGGGAGACGAGAAAUGAAGAAGAAGCGUUUCUUUUGAUACAAAGAUACAAGAGGACGUGUAGAGAAAGAGUAGCCUUGGCUGUCCAUUAUGAUGUGGGGAGACCCCCUUUCGUGAGUGUAAAUUGAAUUUGAAGCCUUUCAGUAUUUCUUUGUUGUCAAGGCAACCCAUUUCCAUGACAUGUCAAUCAGCCCCUGUAAUUGAUCUGUUUGUUCACAGCGAGGCAUAAGCAACACCCCUGCCAUUGGUCAUGCAUGAACACCGCCUUCAGGCGGUGACUGAAUAUUUGGUCCGAUAAUCAUUUGCAUGUAAUUGCUAAAAAAAAAUAUAAAACUUGCAUACACGCCAAUUUACAGUUGUAGACACACACACGCACACACGAGCACACACACACACACAUGCGCAAGCAUUCACAAAGACACACACACACACACACACACACACACACACACACACACACACACACACACACA